ACCCAUCGUCGACCAGUUCUCGGUGACGAAGAGUAAAUCCAAGUGUCCCGGUCGUCGGGGAGCAGUGCCCCACUCCUGGGCGUGGUCCUCGUCCGAUCAACUUGUACUAAUUUAUAUUAUUGAUUUGUCAUUGCAUUCAUCCGAAUCGUCUCCAUCUCCACCAUUCAAUUGAUCGUAAGUGGUGACGUCUUGUUCCAUGCUAUCUCAUUUUGCCCGCAAAUUUUAAAUAUCAUUUUCCUUUUUCCUCACUAAAAAACGCAUCGGCACACUCCUUAAAGUCAAUCUCCUCUCUCUCUCUCUCUAAAAGAUUGUUCCCUUUGAACAACUUUCCCGGAGGGAUUUGUGCUUCGCUUUUCAUUACCAGUCGGUGGGGAUCUUUAGCGUUUUAUUAUUUUUCUACGCCUUUUGAUUUGAGCCAGCGUCUGCUUUUGCUGCUCGGUCUUUAUAUUCUUCAAGGUCUCGGAGAAUUUGUUCAGAAGCUUUCUCGUGUUUUUUCACAAAGCUGAACCGAAAGGAAUAGCUUCUUGUGGAACUGAGAGGUGUUGAACCUAUCCUUGCACUGAAAACAAGUCCAAGUGGGAAAAAUAGGAGAGUGAUUUAGAGUAUUAUGUGAAAAUAGGAGAGUGAUUUAGUGUAUUGUGUGUUGUUAGUGGAUUAUUCUGACAGAGAAGCGGUGAAAAAGAAUGGCUUUCAAGCCACUGGCUUUGUAUUGUAGGCCAGAAGCAAAUGGGCUGUGGGCAAAAACAGUGAAGAAUGCAUUUGGUGCUUACACACCAUGUGCAACUGACACACUGGUGAUUUCCAUUUCUCACUUGGUUCUUAUGGGUCUGUGCCUUUACCGAAUAUGGCGUAUCAAGAAGGAUUCUUCAGCCCAGAGGUUCCGUCUGAGGUCGAAUUACUACAACUACAUGUUGGCGUUGCUGGCUGGAUAUUGUACUGCUGAGCCAUUGUUCAGAUUAGUCAUGGGCAUUUCAGUACUUGACAUAGAUGGACAAAUUGGGCUUGCUCCGUUUGAGAUGAUUUCCCUGGCCAUUGAGGCUCUUGCUUGGUGUUCUAUGCUGGUUAUGAUUGGUGUAGAAACAAAAGUCUACAUUUGUGAGUUUCGUUGGUAUGUCAGAUUUGGAAUCAUUUAUGCCUUGGUCGGGGAUGCUGUGAUGUUCAAUCUCAUUCUUUCAGUUAAGGAGUUCUACAGGAGAUCUGUUCUGUAUUUGUACAUCAGUGAACUAUUCUUCCAGGUUUUACUUGGAGUCCUCUUGAUUGUGUAUGUUCCUGAUUUGGAUCCUUAUCCUGGUUACACUCCAAUACGGACUGAGUCGAUUGACAAUGUUGAAUAUGAAGAACUUCCUGAAGAAGUGGAAAUAUGUCCCGAGAGGCAUGCCAACAUAAUUUCCAAAAUGACUUUUGGAUGGAUGAGUAAUAUCAUGCAGCAAGGCUUCAAACGACCUAUCACAGAGAAAGAUGUCUGGAAAUUAGAUGUAUGGGAUCAGACCGAAACGUUAAAUAACAGCUUCCAGAGAUGUUGGGCUGACGAAUCUCAAAGGCCUAGACCAUGGCUUUUAAGAGCAUUAAAUCGUAGUCUUGGUGGAAGGUUUUGGUGGGGAGGCUUCUGGAAGAUUGGCAAUGAUCUGUCCCAGUUUGUGGGGCCGCUUAUUUUGAACCAUCUCUUACAGUCCAUGCAAAAUGAUGAUCCAGCUUGGAUUGGUUACAUCUAUGCCUUUCUAAUUUUUGUUGGAGUGGCAUUUGGGGUGCUAUGUGAAGCUCAAUAUUUUCAAAAUGUCAUGCGUGUUGGUUUCCGGCUAAGAUCAACUUUGGUUGCUGCUGUCUUUCGUAAAUCUUUAAGGCUAACUCAUGAGGGCCGCAAAAGGUUUGCAUCUGGGAAAAUAACCAACCUGAUGACAACUGACGCUGAGGCACUCCAGCAAAUAUGCCAAUCACUUCACACUUUGUGGUCAGCACCAUUUCGCAUUUUCAUUGCGAUGGUACUUCUGUACCAGCAACUGGGUGUUGCUUCACUUAUAGGCUCGCUGAUACUAGUUCUUAUGUUCCCCAUGCAGACAAUCAUUAUAACCCGAAUGCAGAAAUAUUCUAAGGAAGGGCUGCAGCGUACAGACAAGAGAAUUGGUCUCAUGAAUGAAAUUUUGGCCGCCAUGGAUGCUGUGAAAUGUUAUGCAUGGGAAAAUAGUUUUGAAUCUAAAGUUAAAAGCGUUCGGAAUGAUGAGCUCUCAUGGUUCCGAAAAGCUUCACUGCUUGGAUCGUUUAAUGGUUUUAUACUAAACAGCAUUCCAGUUGUGGUGACUGUGAUUUCAUUUGGAAUGUUCACUUUACUUGGAGGGGAUCUAACACCUGCAAGGGCGUUUACAUCACUUUCUUUAUUUGCAGUGCUACGGUUUCCCUUAUUCAUGCUUCCUAAUAUAAUAACUCAGGCUGUGAAUGCCAAUGUAUCCUUGAAACGUCUGGAGGAAUUAUUUUUAGCUGAAGAGAGAGUUCUUCUUCGAAAUCCUCCUCUUGAGCAAAGGCUUCCAGCAAUCUCAGUCAAGGAUGGAUAUUUCUCUUGGGAAGGAAAGGCAGAUAGUCCAACAUUAUCAAAUAUUAAUUUGGAUAUACCAGUUGGUAGCUUAGUUGCAGUUGUCGGCAGUACUGGAGAAGGAAAGACAUCACUUAUUUCAGCAAUGCUCGGGGAGCUUCCUUCGGUGGCAGGAUCAAGUGUUGUAGUUAGAGGCACAGUUGCUUAUGUCCCUCAAGUUUCUUGGAUUUUUAAUGCAACUGUACGAGAUAACAUAUUAUUUGGAUCUGUUUUCGAAGCUGCGAGAUAUGAGAAGGCAAUAGAUGUAACUGCUUUGCAACAUGACCUUGACUUACUGCCUGGUGGUGAUCUUACUGAGAUUGGUGAAAGAGGUGUGAACAUUAGUGGUGGGCAAAAGCAAAGAGUUUCCAUGGCCAGGGCUGUGUAUUCCAAUUCAGAUGUGUUUAUAUUUGAUGACCCGUUAAGUGCUCUGGAUGCUCAUGUGGCUCGACAGGUUUUUGAUAAAUGCAUCAAGGAUGAAUUAAGAGGGAAAACCAGAGUCCUUGUCACAAACCAACUACAUUUUCUUUCACAAGUUGAUAAAAUUAUCUUGGUCCAUGAAGGUAUGGUUAAAGAGGAGGGAACAUUUGAGGAUCUCUCCAAUAAUGGCAUGUUGUUCCAAAAGCUAAUGGAAAAUGCUGGAAAGAUGGAGGAGUAUAGGGAAGAGAAGGAAAAUGAUGAAAGCAUUGAGCAAAAGAGCUCCAAACCUGCUGCUAAUGGUGUUGUAAAUGAGUUUCCAAAAGAUGCAAGCCAUACAAAUAAGCCUAAAGAAGGAAAAUCCGUUCUCAUCAAGAAGGAAGAAAGGGAAACCGGUGUUGUCAGUUGGAAAGUUCUGAUGAGGUAUAAGAAUGCAUUAGGUGGCGUAUGGGUAGUUAUGGUCCUCUUUAUGUGCUAUGUCCUAACAGAAGUUCUACGAGUUUCAAGUAGCACUUGGUUAAGUCAUUGGACCGAUCAAAGCGCUUCAAAGACUUAUGGCCCUGGUUACUACAAUAUGAUUUAUGCUUUUCUAUCUUUUGCUCAGGUUCUUGUGACAUUGAUAAAUUCUUAUUGGUUGAUCAUAUCAAGUCUUUAUGCCGCCAAAAGAUUGCAUGAUGCUAUGCUUCACUCUAUAUUAAGAGCUCCAAUGGUUUUCUUCCACACCAAUCCUCUUGGAAGGAUUAUCAAUAGGUUUGCGAAGGAUCUGGGUGAUAUAGAUCGGAAUGUUGCAAUGUUUGUGAAUAUGUUUCUGGGCCAAGUGUCGCAGCUUCUUUCAACUUUUGUGUUGAUAGGAAUUGUGAGCACCAUGUCUUUGUGGGCCAUAAUGCCACUUUUGGUUUUGUUUUAUGCAGCCUAUCUAUAUUAUCAGAGUACAGCUCGCGAAGUUAAACGCUUGGAUUCAAUAACAAGAUCUCCUGUUUAUGCACAAUUUGCAGAAGCCCUGAAUGGCCUCUCUACUAUACGUGCAUACAAAGCUUAUGAUCGAAUGGCUGGCAUUAAUGGGAAAUCUAUGGAUAACAAUGUCAGAUUCACACUUGUGAAUAUGAGUGCAAACCGCUGGCUUGCUAUCCGUUUGGAAACAUUAGGGGGUCUGAUGAUUUGGUUUACAGCAACCUUUGCUGUCAUGCAGAAUGGUAGAGCUGCAAAUCAGGAGGCAUUUGCUUCUACUAUGGGUCUGCUUCUGAGUUAUGCUUUAAAUAUUACAGGCUUGUUGACCGGAGUGUUACGACUUGCUAGCCUAGCAGAGAAUAGUUUAAAUUCAGUCGAACGAGUUGGUACAUAUAUAGAUUUGCCUUCCGAGGCUCCAUCUGUCAUUGAGAGCAACCGUCCCUCUCCUGGUUGGCCUUCAUCAGGAUCCAUUACAUUUGAGGAUAUUGUCCUACGUUAUAGACCAGAACUUCCUCCAGUUCUGCACGGGUUGUCCUUCACAAUUUGUCCAAGUGACAAGGUAGGAAUAGUCGGAAGAACGGGUGCCGGGAAAUCCAGCAUGCUCAAUGCCUUAUUCCGGAUUGUAGAACUAGAAAGAGGAAGAAUCUUGAUUGAUGAUUGUGAUAUUGCAAAGAUUGGACUGAUGGAUUUGCGUAAAGUUCUUGGCAUCAUACCACAAUCCCCAGUUCUUUUCUCAGGGACUGUGAGAUUUAAUCUUGAUCCUUUCAAUGAACAUAAUGAUGCUGACCUUUGGGAGGCUUUAGAGAGGGCACACUUGAAGGAUGUCAUCAGGAGGAAUGCUUUGGGUCUGGAUGCUGAGGUUUCAGAGGCAGGGGAGAACUUCAGUGUUGGACAAAGGCAACUAUUAAGUCUUGCUCGAGCAUUGUUGCGUAGAUCAAAGAUUCUUGUUCUUGAUGAAGCAACUGCAGCUGUUGAUGUUAGAACUGAUGCUCUUAUUCAAAAAACCAUUCGGGAAGAAUUUAAAUCAUGUACAAUGCUUAUUAUAGCGCAUAGAUUAAAUACCAUCAUUGACUGUGACCGGAUUCUUCUGCUUGAUGCUGGUCAGGUUCUUGAAUAUGAUACUCCGGAGGCAUUGCUGUCAAGUGAAGGUAGUGCUUUCUCUAAGAUGGUUCAGAGUACAGGGGAUGCAAAUGCUCAGUACUUGCACAGCUUAGUGCUGGCAGCAGAAGAGAACAAAAACAGAGAAGCAACCAGGCAGCUAGAUGGGCGUAGGAAGUGGCUGGCCUCGUCACGCUGGGCUGCUGCUGCCCAGUUUGCCCUUGGUGUUAGCCUCAGUUCUUCGCAUAAUGACCUUCAGCGGUUGGAAAUUGAAGAUGAGAAUGGUAUCCUCUCAAAAACAAAGGAUGCAAUCAUAACUUUGCAGGGGGUUUUGGAAGGCAGGCAUGACAAAGUUAUUGAGGAGUCACUAAAUCAGCACCAGAUUCCUAGAGAUGGAUGGUGGUCAACACUCUAUAGAAUGGUUGAAGGUCUUGCAAUGAUGAGCAGGUUGGCUCGAAACAGGUUUCAGCUGUCAGAUUACAAUUUUGAAGACAGAUCGAUUGACUGGGAUAUGUUGCAAUAUAGGGAUCAAUAAUUUAUCUUUUGUGCAUUUGGGAACAGUGGAAAUUGAGAAGCACCAACUCGUUAAUGAUUCUUCAUAGCCCGCCCUUGAUGCCAAACAAGAUGGCUGGCUGUGGAGUUGGUUUCAACAGUGGAAUCCCAAGGGCAGGCUCUAUGUUAUCCAUGAACUUCUCAUCUAUUCAAUAUAUAUGUUCCUUUGGGAAGCUAUGUGCCUAAAGAAUUGAGGGGUCUAACCUUUCUCCAAACCUCUCUCUGCACCUUAAUAAGGUUUGAACUUGGCAAUUUUCAACAUGGAUAUCCAAUGCUCAAGCCGUUGGAUUAUUCAUGGGAUCUAUUCAAUUAAAUAAAAAAAUUCCUACAAUGGCAUGUGUUAGCUUCCUUGUCUUAGUUAUCCAUGUUUCCCCUUCAGAAAUCCCAUCACUAGCCCUUUUAUAGGUGAACGAAGAAUCAUGCAGUUUGUUUCCUGUAUGUACUUCAAUUCCAGUCGACUGCACGAGUAAUUAACUAAAUAACCUGUUUUUGCAGUCAAA